CGCGCGCGCACCAUGUGGCCGGCCAUCUUUGCGCUGCUCCUCCACGGAGCGGCGGGGGAGAUACUCACCCCCCCUUAUCUUAAUUUGGCGUUGGGGAAGAAAAUUACUGCGACGGCAACGUGUGGAGACAUUGGACAGGAGUUAUAUUGCGAGUUGACGGGGUCUACUGAUGAGACCGUUAUACAAGGACAGGUCUGCGAGUACUGCGAUGACACAGUCGAGAACCGCCGGCAUCCCCCCGAGUACGCCGUGGACGGGUUGGAGACUCGGUGGCAGAGUCCGCCGCUCUCCCGAGGCAUGAAGUAUAAUGAGGUCAACCUCACCAUCGACCUUGGACAGGAAUUCCAUGUGGCCUAUGUGUUCAUAAAGAUGGGCAACUCCCCGCGCCCCGGACUCUGGGCGCUGGAGAAAUCGACCGACUACGGGAAGACCUUCACUCCCUGGCAGUACUUCUCUGACUCCCGACAGGACUGCGAAAGAUACUUCGGAGCCCAGAGUUUGGAGCCGAUCACGAGGGACGACUCAGUUAUUUGCAGCACAGAGUAUUCGAAGAUCGUACCUCUGUCAGGAGGAGAGAUCCCAAUUUCCUUGCUGAACUACCGUCCAUCGGCGUUGAACUACUUUAACUCUUCCGUACUCCAAGCCUGGACCAGGGCUACCACCGUCCGCCUACGUCUGCUGAGGACCAAGAACUUGCUGGGUCAUCUCAUGUCCGUGGCUCGUCAGGACCCUACCGUCACUAGGAGAUACUUCUACAGUAUAAAAGACAUCAGUAUCGGAGGCCGCUGCAUGUGCAAUGGUCACGCGGACACCUGCGACCCGAAGCCCGACAGUGAGAACCUGCUGGUCUGCCGCUGCCAGCACAACACGUGCGGUCCUCAGUGCAACCAGUGCUGCAAGGGCUUCGAGCAGAAGAAGUGGAGGAUCUCGCAGAAUUGGAACCGGUUUGCGUGUGAACCUUGCAACUGUCACAACCAUAGCACAGAGUGCGUAUUCGAUUCCCUCAUCGAUGAACAGCGUCUGUCGCUCGACAUCCACGGACGUUACGAGGGCGGUGGGGUCUGCCAGAACUGCCAGCAUAAUACUGAUGGCAUCAAUUGUAAUAAAUGUAAACCGACGUUCUACAGGCCCGUGGGGAAGAGAUGGGAUGAAUAUGAUGUGUGCCAACCUUGCAACUGCGAUCUCCACUACUCAACGGGCAACUGCGAGGAGGGCUCAGGACGCUGCGAGUGUCGCAAGGAAUACAACCCGCCCAACUGUGACUCCUGCGCAUAUGGGUAUUUCAACUAUCCGAACUGCGAGCCUUGCACAUGCAACCUGAAUGGAACAGAAGGACAACACUGCACACCAGUAGAGGGCAUUUGUCCGUGCAAAUCUAACUACGCGGGUAAAUCUUGUGAAAUUUGCGCUGAUGGCUUCUACUCACCGGAGUGCAAAGACUGCGAGUGCAACACCAUCGGAUCUGUCUCCCAAGUGUGCGACAAGGAUAGCGGCAACUGCACGUGCAAGAGCAAGUUUAGCGGACGAACCUGUGAUCGGUGCGAGGCCGGUUAUUUCAGCUACCCUACGUGUAGCCAAUGUAACUGCGACACCACUGGAACGCAGUCAAGGAUUUGCGACGAUGUCUCUGGCGCGUGUAUUUGCAAGGAAGGUUUCGGGGGAGCACGCUGUGACCAGUGUCUUGCUGGUUACUACAUGCAAGUCCAAGGCCGCGAGCGUGCCUGCGUCCAGUGCGAGUGUUCCACUACUGGCUCAACUUCGACCAGCUGCGCGGCCGACGGCAAAUGUAACUGCCUGACCAACUUCGGUGGCAAACGGUGCGACCAGUGCUCACCUGGAUACUACAAGUAUCCUGAAUGCUUGCCUUGCAACUGUGACGGAUCCGGCUCCAUCGGCUCGUCUUGUGACGAUGCGGGCAACUGCCACUGCAAGCCCAAUUUCAACGGCAUCAAGUGUGACAGCUGCAAGGAGAGCUUCUACAACUACCCGGCGUGUGAGGAGUGCAACUGCGAUCCUAAGGGCGUUAUCGCUUCUUUUGCUGGUUGCGGAUCGGUGCCAGCAGGAGAGCUCUGUCAAUGCAAGGAGCGCGUGCAGGGCAGAAUCUGCAAUGACUGCAAGCCACUCUACUGGAACCUGCAAUAUUAUAACCCUCAUGGGUGCGAAGAAUGCAACUGCGACGUGAGCGGCACCCUAGGCGGGCUGGGGUCAUGCAACACGAAAACUGGACAGUGCAUGUGCAAGCCAAACGUGGAUGACCGCCAAUGUUCCGAGUGCGCUGAUGGAUUCUACAAUCUUGAUGCUGGGAACAUCUUCGGUUGCUCAGAAUGCAACUGCGACGUUGGUGGCUCCACCGACAACAACUGCAACAAGACCACAGGUCAAUGCUACUGCCACUCCCGUGUCGAAGGCCUCCGCUGCUCUCAGCCAAUCAGAGCUCACUAUUUCCCUACGCUCCAUCAGUUCCGAUACGAGCUAGAGGAAGGACAGACGCCGUCUGGUGCUGUCAGAUACAGGGACUCACAGGAGGCGUUCCCGGGACACUCUUGGAAGGGCUACGUCAUGUUUUCGCUUCUACAGAAUGAAGUCAUCAACGUUGUACAACUGAGUAAGUCGUCUCUCUACCGCAUGGUGGUCAAGUACGCCAACCCGCUCAAGGACCCGGUGGUCGCCACUAUACUGGUCACCCCGGAGAACCCUGGAGAUUCGCAACAGACGCAUAAUGUGCUCCUGAGGCCAACAGUGAAGCCGCAAUUGGUAACAGUGGCUGGUGAAAAAGGAAACACCCCCUCACCCUUCGUCAUGGACGCUGGAAACUGGACAGUGACCAUCAAAACCAACAAGGAAGUGCUCAUUGACUACUUCGUCCUUAUACCUGAAGCGUACUAUGAAGCUACAGUUCUCAAGAAGCUGGUAGACAGACCCUGCACCAUCGGAGAGCAGGAUCUGUGCCGCGAGUUUAGGUACCCGAAGCUCAGCUCGUACCCAACCGUUGAUGCCAGUGGACUGACAUCUGCUGCUAGCGAUUACUUGGAUGACAAUGUGCAACUGAAAGAACUCGGCGUACCAGCAUCCACCAUACCCGUUCUAGGCACUCAAUCUCUCACCUACAACUGGAUUAUCAAACCUAAUGGCCAGUACAUUAUAGUCGUCGAAUACGUCACACCUGUCGACCGAAACGCUGUCGACAUGGUCGGAAAUCGCGCGAAGAUCAACAGCAUAAUCAAUGUCAACUUCAAGACUGGCGGCCAGGAGUCGCAGGGGAGAUUGGUCCUUAAUGAAUGUCUAUACACGAAGCCAUGUAGGCAGGUGGUGACUGAUGAUAAGGCUAGGGCGUUUGUGGCUGAGGUUUUCGAUGAGAAUAAUGAAAUUACACUGGAGGGCAACGCAGACAACCUGGCUGGCAUAAAGUCAAUCACGGCGAUACCACUAUCUGAAUGGCACCUGGCCUACAUUACGCCCAAACCGUACACCCUGAGAAGAAAUGGCGAGACUUUCGUCAAUGGGUUCGACAACGCCAAUACUAAGGAGGUCAAAAUAGAGCCAUCGGACAACAGUACGACCCCUGCUUUCGUAGUGGCUGGCUCGAAGCCUGUGACUGUCGAUAUUUCUGUACCAACCCCUGGACCUUACGAGUUCUUACUGCACUACCAUCAGCCUGAUCAUCCAGAGAGCUCCAUUGACGUGACCAUCUCCUGCGGUAAUAAUAUCCACGCUGGUCGUGUCACCCUGCCGUUCUGCGGCUCUUCAUCAGGGUGCAGGGAACUGCUUAAACUACCGAGCGAGAUAUUUGAUGUUACUGACAACUGCUCAUUGACUUUUGAGGGUGCGGACAGCAAGGGUGUGUCUCUCCAGAGCGUGCUGAUCAUCGAGCCCCGCUACUUCACGGAGUCGGUGCUGGUGGAAGCCAACAUGAUGGACUAUACCAGGGAAUUCAUCACCAAGUGCGCCAGCAACCAUUAUUACAUCGAGCCCGAGGUCACAGGAUUCUGCCGCGACGCCGUGUUCUCAAUAACGGCGGAGUACAACAGCGGGACGCUCUCAUGCGCGUGCGACGUCGAGGGCUCCACGGACUUCGAGUGCGAAACAUUCGGUGGGCAGUGCACGUGCCGGGAGAACGUUGUUGGUCGAACCUGCGAAGCUUGUAAGACCGGCUACUAUGGAUUCCCCAACUGCAGGCCUUGCCAUUGCUCUCAAGCUGCCAUUUGUGAUGAUAAUGGUCAAUGCAUCUGCCCUCGGAACGUGAUCGGUGAGAACUGCAAUGAGUGUAGGCCUCUAACGUUCAACUUCGACGAGUACCGCGGCUGUGACGAUUGCAACUGCAAUCCGCUUGGCGUCGUUGAUGGGAAUCUGGAGUGUGACAAGCAGAGCGGGAACUGCCAAUGCAAAGAGAACGUGGUAGGCCGCGUGUGCGAUCGGUGCGUGCCCGGACACUACGCGUUCCCCGACUGCGUUCAGUGCUCGUGUAAUACGGAUGGGACCACGGAGGACGUAUGCGACCAGGACACAGCGCAGUGCUACUGCAAGAAAUACGUGCGAUCACAGUGCUCGUGUAAUACGGAUGGGACCACGGAGGACGUAUGCGACCAGGACACAGCGCAGUGCUACUACAAAGAGAACGUGGUAGGCCGCGUGUGCGAUCGCUGCGUGCCCGGACACUACGCGUUCCCCGACUGCGUUCAGUGCUCGUGUAAUACGGAUGGGACCACGGAGGACGUAUGCGACCAGGACACAGCGCAGUGCUACUGCAAGAAAUACGUGCGAUCACAGGCUUGUGACGUCUGCCAAGAGGAGUACUUCAACCUCCAGGCCAGCAACCCUGACGGAUGCACCAAGUGCUACUGCUUCGGGAGGACAACUCGGUGUUCCAGCUCAUAUCUCACUUGGGUUAAGCUUGAAGGCAUGACCGGCUGGCACCUGGUUAACGUCGAAACCAACCGCACCAUAUCCGUAUACCCGCACACUGCACCGCCUAGUCAAGUUAAUGAUACCAUCAUAGGCGUGGAGCUGGCUAUUGAUAAGGAUCACCAGAAACUGGUCUACUUUGCAGCACCUGAACACUUUAUUGGCAAACGGCUGACAUCUUAUGGUGGUAACCUCACAUACUCCAUCUUCUACGUAUCUCGAGAGACUGGGAAAGCUAUUCUCGCUGCUGAUGUAAUCAUUGGUGGACCAAAUGGCUACAUUUACCACAACAGUAUCGAAACACCAGCGCCACAAACGAACUGGAUCCACAGCGUGCCUCUGACAGAAGAGUCGUUCACGAACCUCGACAACACUGCUGUCACCAGAGACCAGUUCAUGAACACCCUGGUUAAUGUCACUGCCAUAUAUAUCAGGGCUACGUUUGAGGAUGAGUCCGUUACUACCAGGCUAAUCAACGUGACUCUUGACGUCGCAGUCCAACCCGACCCCUACUCCCCUAUAACUGACCGCGCGUUCUCUGUGGAACAGUGCCAGUGCCCCCCAGGCUACAAGGGGACAUCGUGUGAGCAGUGUGCCUCGGGGCAUUAUAGGCUGAGUUCGGGCCCGCAUGCGGGGUACUGUGUGCCCUGUGAGUGCAAUGGCCAUUCGCAGGAGUGCGAUGUUAACACUGGAGUGUGCUUGGACUGUGGUGGCAACUCGAUGGGAGACCAUUGCGAGAUGUGUGUGCCCGGAUACUAUGGAGACGCUACCCGUGAGGACUGCGAGAUCUGUGCCUGCCCCUUGCCGUAUCCGUCUAACAACUUCGCUGUGAGUUGUGAUCUGAGCGACAACGCUGAACUGAUCUCCUGUCAGUGCAAGCCGGGCUACGGCGGACCUCGGUGCGAGUUCUGCGCCGCCGGUUACUAUGGAGAACCUGAGGAGCUCAAUGACUACUGCAAGCCCUGCAACUGCUCUGGCAACAUCAACCCACUGGACCCGUCAUCAUGCGACAGCGUGACAGGGAACUGUCUAAAAUGCGUCAACAACACUGCUGGGGCAGCAUGCAAUCUCUGCGCGCCUGGAUUCUACGGAGACGCUGUCUUCAGCAAGAACUGCACUGCCUGCAGUUGCGAUGAAUACGGCAUGGACCACUGCGACCACACGACCGGCACUUGCGUGUGUAGACCCGGCGUUAUAGGCGAGCGUUGCGACGCGUGCGCACCGGAUCACUUCGGCCUGUCAAGUGGGCUGGGCUGCAUGCCGUGUCAGUGUGGACUGGCCAGUGAGAGCAGCCAGUGUGACCUUGAGACUGGACAGUGCAAAUGCGCGAAGGGUGUGACUGGCAGACAUUGUGAACAGUGCGCAGCUGGUUACUGGAACUACACUAAAUACGGAUGCGAUCAUUGCAACUGUAACAAGGGCUACUCGCUCGGAUUCAUGUGCAACGCUCAAUCCGGCCAGUGCGAGUGCCUGCCCGGAGUCAUUGGGGAGAAAUGUGACCGCUGCCCGGAAAGAUGGGUGCUGGUUCCCCAGCAGGGUUGUCAAGAAUGCGACUCUUGCACCGACGCUCUCGUCAUAUCAGUGGAGGAGAUGAGCGCGAGGCUUGCGAACGAAACUCAGGAGUUUAAGGACAAAGCCGACUCAUUCUUCACCACGCAAAGGCUGAACUACAUCUCGAACCAGGCGUCAACGCUGCGUCCCCGCCUAGCCGAACUACGCAGCGUCGACCUCAACGCUGCCACAAGCGCUGUCGACUCCAUCGAGAACGCUGGCCGAGGACUGCUCAGAUCCGCGGAAUUCGCAGCUACAGAUAGCGAGAAGCAAAUCACUCGUGCCGGCGUCCUGUCGUCCGACGCCGACAUCGUGCUGACGUCCAUACGCGACAGCGCUCGAGCGGCCGACGCGACGGUGCAGCACGUCGCUGACCUGGCGACCGGGCUGGAGCUGAGUCAGCAACCUAAGGUCGACAGUGCGCUGACUGAGGCGCAGCAGAUCAGGGAUGAUGUUAAAGAAAAAGACUUGACACCCAAGAGGACCCAAGCGCUCGACGUCCAUACGAACGCGACGCAACAGCUCGAGAGGAUGAGCCUUUUUGUUCAACCCGUUAACCAACAAGCCACGGAUUUCGAAAAGCUGGUGACCGAGGCGCGCAAGCUUCGUGUCAAGAUGGAAGAUAUGAUGGAACACACCGCCGCAGCCAAUCAGCGGGCUGAUGUGGCUGAUAGGCUUAAAGCCAGCAACAAAAAUUCCAAGUUCAGCGACAAGGUUGCCUCCGUCGGCAACCUCAACUCCGAAGCCAUGAAAGACCUCAUCGACGCCGGCGCAGAUAUCGCCAACGCCACCAGACUGAACAACCUCGCCGCUGCCAUAGUCACGAACGCCUCUGCAGCUUUAGAAAGCCUUAAUGAGGAGAACAACAAGUUGGAACAGGCAUUAAAAGAGCGUGGAGAGGAAAUUCCAAGUCUGUACCAUGCGUCGGACGCUGCUAGGAGCCAUGCUGAUGAUUUGAAGAGUAGGGCCAAGAAUCUCCACGCCCUGGCAGAGCGAGAGAACGACACCCGCCGCCAGCACGCCUAUAGCGCUGCCUCAGCUUACUCGAGCAUCGUACAAGAGAUCGGGGCCGCGAGGAAGGCCGCCGACGAGGCCACGGAAGCGGACACUAAGACCAAUAGCAUUAACACAAACCUAAACGAAAAGGUUGGCCCCGCCUUAAACCGCUCGAGCUCUCUCCGCGACCAAGCCAUACAAGCGCUGGGCAUAGUUAACAAUGCUCUGGCCCCCAACCAGACUAAAGCAGAGCUAGCCCUCCAGCAAGUUAAGAAGACCAUUGAGGAGUGUGAUGAUCGCAACAGCGCUAUAGUCCUCUCCUUACCGGCCAUCACAAAAAGAUCCCUUCAAGACGAGAUGGACAAAGCCGAAAAGGUAAACCAGACAGUCAAGAGCACUCUCAAGCAGAUGUCGGAUCUUGGGAACGAUCUGAACUCCAGCAAGCAGUCAGCUCAGACGCUGCCAAAGAAAGCUGAUGAGGCCUUGAAGAUGAAGGAUAAUGUUGAGACGUUGGUAAACAACAUUGACGGAUUGAAGCCCAAGCUGCAGCAGAAAUAUGACGGAGUCAGAACGCAGCAGGAGGACUUCGAGAGACGUAAGGUUGAAGCCGCCAAAAAGCUUAGCAAGAUUAAGGAACAAAUCGAACAAGCACGCACCGUAGCCAACCGCGUCCAAGUUGGCGUUAAUUUCGACCGCUUCGCGACGCUUCAACCACGCAUCCCUGAUACCAUUGACGAGAUGUCCACCUCUACCCAUGUAUCUGCCUACUUCAAGACCAGGUCUCCUGAUGGCUUCCUCUUCUAUCUUGGAAACCCUGAAGGCACCAGCCUUAGGAGGACUAAAUCGGACGACUUCAUGGCAGUCAGCAUCCAAAAUGGCUACCCCUACCUGGUCAUUGACAUUGGAGACAGCGCAGAAUCCGGCCGUGAGCCGAUGCGAAUCAACAGCGACAAGAGAGUAGAUGAUGACAAGUGGUACCAGGUCAUUGUUGACAGGGUCGGGGGCAAUGUGAAAUUCACGAUCCGCGAAGCUCUGGAAGAUGGGACGGAACAGAGCCAUUCAAAGGAGGUGAUCCUUCCAGGACAACACACCAUUUUCAACCUGGACCGUCAGAAGUCCAAACUGUACGUGGGCGGUGUUCCAUCCAAUUCCAAGCUGCAAGGCGUCAGUUACCCGGCGUUCGAGGGUCAGAUCGAGGAGCUUAUGCUGGGCGACACGCCCGUCGGUCUGUGGAACUUCGAGGCCGCGCAGAAGCUGAAGGGCGCCAGGCAGAGAGAUAAGCUGAUAACUUCCCAAUCCGGCCCUCAAGAGUACCGGUUCAAUGGCCGCGCUCACGUCACCAUGCCCGUCCAAUCCCACGACCCACAGAAGAACCACGUACUCCUGUUCUUCAGGACUUACGCCAGAAAUGGUCUGAUCUUCCUAGCUGGAGAUGAUAGAAACUUCUUUUCGAUUCAGAUGCAAGAUGGGAAGGUGUAUCUCCAGGUCUCCCUCGGCAACCCUGAAGAGCUGGUAAUCGUCGGAACAACCAAAGAAUACAACGACGGCAAAUGGCACAAGCUGGACGCGAGACGGCAUCUCAAGAGCUGCUGGCUCAGCGUUGACAAUGAGAGCAGCCAGAUGGUGUCUCCGUCUACACAGAGCGAAAUCUACGCGGUGGACAGCAUGAACUUCGGCGGUGAUAAUAAGGGCAUCAUCCAGAUCACUGACCAAGGAUUCGAUGGUUGUAUGAGGCAGAUCAGUGUGAACGAGGCCAGCGUGGACCUUAGCAAGAACAGUGUGGAGUCUAUCGGCGUUGGAGACGGGUGCAAGUUCGCAUCACUGGUAUCCCUGUCAGGUGGAGACAGCACCCUGCGCUAUAUGAACAUCUCCACAGAGAACCUGCAGCUGACCUUGAAGUUCAAGACAGACCAGCCCGACGGCCUCAUAUUUGUCUACAUAAGUAGAACACAGACGCCUACCAUGCAGGACAGCUUGACGCUGUCUCUGACUAAUGGAAAACUAGUCCUCAUGAGUCCUCGAGACACACUGGACACGUCGCAGACAUACAACGACUCUCAGUGGCACGUGGUGACUGUGAGUCAUGGCGCCGCGCUCCGUAUGAGAGUCGACGACUAUGAUCACUACAGCUCCGACUCAGCACCAGAGCCACUCAACAUCCUAGACGGUGUCCUUCUCCUAGGCGGCACCAACAGCUACGUGGCCACCUACAAGGCGGCAACCAAGACCGCCUUCCGUGGUUGCAUAGCCGACGCCACUAUCAACGGACGAGUGCUGAAUCUGCUCGAGCCUGCGAGUAAAAGAGGGGCUACGUUUGGACGUUGUGGGGACACUAUCAGUGGAUUCACGUCGUCAGAAACGACGUGGGAGGAACACAGAGUGGAGCCGAGCAGCCACGUGCUGCCGACGGUACCUCCCCCCGCACCCGACAAUCCGUUCCAGGGUGAAGUGGAGACCCAGCCACCACCAGCCCGGGUGGAACCAGUCACCCGACCGCCUGUCACCCAGGCACCAGCGCCUUCGACCUUGCGGCCGACGACGCCGCGACCGGCGCCGCAGCCCCAGCCAGGCUGCGCGUUGGCCCACGACAGACAUUACACUAUUGGAGACCCCACUGAGGGCUACAGGUUUGGUACUCGUGAGGACAGCCGCAUUGAGUACGCCAAGCUGCCUGGCCGGCAGUCAGAUGAGCUGGAUCUUAUGGUGACCUUGAGGACCUUCGACAAGCAUGGCGGUAUCAUCUUCUACGCUACAACCGAGAGAGCUCCGGACCAGUUCUUGGCUAUUUACAUGAAAGAUGCUCAAAUACACUUCACCUUCAACUGCGGCGGUGACACCGCCACCAUCGUCUCCCCCGACACCUACAGCGGCACAGACUGGCACACGGUCACCGUCAGCCGCACCAGCGGUCAUGGGAAACUUACCGUCGAUAACCAGAUGGUCGGGGAAGCGAGUGUUAGCUGUGACAAUCCGGUGCCUUUGGCCGCGCCGUACUAUUACGGAGGGUUGAAGAGCGCUGAGAUUGCGAAAACACAUCUCGAAGACUUCUACCAACCCUUCAAGGGCUGCCUCAAAGGGCUCAUCAUGAACGGGCAGUACGUGACCGAGGUGCUGCGGAGAGUCAACGCCCUGCGCUGCACGGAUAAUAUAGAAGAUGGUAUUUACUUCGGGCCUUCGACGAAUACCACUAGCAAUUACUUGAAGCUCCAAGAAUCCAACUUCCGCGUGGGCAUCAGUCUGUCCAUCUCGAUGGAGAUCAAGCCCCGCAACACCACGGGGCUGCUGCUGGCCGUCCACGGGAAGAAGGACUAUCUGGUGCUGGAACUGCUGGAGCAUGAGGUGGUGGUUAACGUGGAGAACGGGAAGGGGGAGUUCCAUGCGAGCUACAAGCUCGCCGAGCCCACCUCGCUGUGCGACGGGAACUGGCACAAGAUACAAGUGGCUAAAGCCCGUCACGUGGUCUCCGUAGGCGUCGACAACCAUUUCGGCGACGCCGGCCUCGGUACCGGCCCCUCCACCGACACCCGCUCGGCCCUCUACAUAGGAGGCCACGAGAAGGCCGUCGCGAGGGUCCGCGGUGUGAGAUCUAAGCGCGGCUUCACCGGGUGUAUAAGGAAUAUACAGAUUCGGGAGCAACCGAUAUCUAUACCGCUAUCGGCGGCGCAUAGGGACACGCAUGUUGGGGCUUGUCCAGUUGACUAAAGAC